UUGAAGAGAUGGGAAAACCCUGAAGACAUAGACAUACAUGAAAUCCUGGAGGCUGGUGUUAACAGCUCAGUGCAGACGCAUAAUCAGGAUUUUCUCCAGCCCACCAUUGCUGCUAAAAUGGAUGUUCUGCCAAAGAUCUUCAUUCUAGGUGACAAUAAGAAAUACCAUGGCUACUACAACAGGCCUCUUCCCAUCCUGCAGCAGUUCCGAUGCUUUGUUUUGGCUGACCUACAAGAUCAUGAAUCUCAUGGGACGUAUGCUGCCAGUCCAUUCUCUGACACCUUUGUGGUGAAUCUCAGUGGAGUCACCAGGCAAGCUCAGGAGGAUCCGGAGAUGUUGUGGGUCGUGGGUCCGGUGCUGGCAGUCAUUAUUAUCAUUAUUACAGUGAUUGCUAUUUUACUCUUUAAAAGUAAACAGGAAAGGAAACACACAUCUUCAGCCAAGGAUGAACACAUGUUAGAGAUGAAAGAUGCUCUCAUGGCCCGCAUUGCUGAUCCUGUGGAGACGAGGAGACUGAAAUGCCAGACAAUAGGGAUGAGGGAACAUCCUCCCAUACCUAUUUGUGACUUGGCAGACCAUGUAGAGAGACUCAAGGAUAAUGAUGGUCUACUCUUGUUACAGGAAUUUCAGACUAUUGACCCAGGACAGCAGCUCACCUGGGAGCAUUCCAACCUGGACAUCAACAAAUCUAAGAACCGUUAUGCAAAUGUUAUUGCUUAUGACCACUCCAGAGUCAUCCUCAAACUGGUGGAUGGAGUUCCAGGGAGCGAUUACAUCAACGGCAACUAUAUUGAUGGCUAUAGAAAACAGAAUGCUUAUAUUGCUACACAAGGGCCUCUGCCAGAGACUAUAUGGGAUUUCUGGAGGAUGGUGUGGGAUCAGAGAACCUACGCCAUUGUUAUGAUGACCCGACUUGAGGAGAAGUCAAGGGUGAGCCUUCAACAGACAUAAACCAUCCCGACUUUCAGCCCACUAUUUACAACUUUACACCAGUGACCAAGUCAACUCCAAAAUCGUUGGAAAGGUUCGAGCGGGUGGCCAAAAGGCGAAGAAGAUUGGCAUUAACACCCAAUCAAACGAAGGAAAAUGUACCGCACAGCCAUCAGGAACAAACAGCCGCCCAGGCCUUGUUGGAUUUGGCACAUUAUACCCCAUCGUACAAAGAUUCAGGUAGGCAAGUUAUUA